AAAAAAAUGUAGUCCGAUCAAAAGACAAUGUUGAAUUUUUUUAUUAAUAAUUUAAUUGUAUUCUUGAAGUGAAAAUAUAUUCUGGUGAUGACUACUCCAGUAAGCGGCAAUCAAGGUCAAAUGUACCAGGGGUACCCAUACGUCAAUCCGAUUGUCAUUGACGCACCAUCAAUCGACGCAGAAACAGCUGCGAAGUGGUCGAACUUACCACGGAAGCAGGUGGUACCAAAGCAGCCGUUAACAAACGAACCAAUCAUUUAUAUAGAUAUUCCUGACAGUGGACAAUCAGGCAGCAGCAGUUGUACCAUAGAAUCAUCAAGACCAGCUGUAGCAGCUGGCUCUGGAGCUUCAACUGGAACUGCGAGUAAAGUCGAUCCUGAUGAUAAUCCAGUUGUCUACAUUGAUUUACCAGAAAGUACAUCAUCAGUCACUAGUGACAAUGAAAGGCGUAGACCAGAUAAUCUCAGCGGCCUGAAUAAUCCAGGUUUCGUUGAAGAGACGAUAUUUUACGAUCCGUUUAAAAAUAGAAGAAUAGACGUUGGACAGAAUCGUGAUUCAGCAGCACCUGGAACAUCAAGUGAUCAAGCUGGAUCAUCUGACUAUGUAUCAUCACAAUACGUUUCGAAGGAAACCCUCGUUUAUGGGUCGCAAAGCCCUCAAGUACCUUCAAGACCAUCGCCAGUUGAAGACUACUUUAUACCAGUGACAGACUUUCCGAAUCCUCCACCAGCUUACACCGAAGUUGACACGUCACCGGCCCCGACGCCAACACGAACGGAAGUCAUCGUCCCAAAUCAACAGACGCCCAUUGGAAUCGCCAGCUCAGACAGGAAGCUGGUGUCUUGCCCGCAUUGCAACGUUCGGGUGCACACUUUAGUUGUACGCGAGAACGCGUGUCUGACGCACGUAAUCGCAAUUUUUUUUAUACUCGUGUUCUUACCCAUUGGCAUCCUGAUUUACUGCACGGAUUACUUUAAGUAUAGAAAUCAUUACUGUCCGAACUGCAAUCUUUUAAUAGGCUAUGAAAUACCAAUAUUCUGCCAAGGAAUGACAUAUGUGAAAACAGUUUGACAUUACAUUGCACCUACAAAGACAGCUACAAACAAUUUAUACUUGAUGAAAACCCGACUUCGCUAGUGUAAAAUAAAUAAAAGUAAACAAAUAUAAAUUUAAAUGCAAUAAAUAUCGUGCAAGGGACGAAAUUAUUAUUUGAAACAGACUUUCUGAACGCACCCGUAAACGUCAAACAUGGCCGCCAUUGAACUGUCAGGUCAUUGAAUUUCAUGGAUUUAAAAUCGAAGUAUCUCGUUCAUAAGAAUUUUGCGGUUAUACGUUGUCGACUAUAAAUCAUUAUUUAUUAACGAUCUGUAAUUGUGGAUAGAUUUCAAUCGGGUCUAUCGUAGACCUGACCGAAAUUUUUAAUAUCGAUACUGAGUGCAUAGUACUAAUGUUCUACACACGCAUAGACAAUACCAGAGGUCUUAAUUACGUAUGUUACUAAACGAAUCAACAGGAUUGUUUUAAAAUAAAAUUAACUACGGUUAGGACCGUCAUGAAUCGCAAUUGACUAACAUUAACAGUUGACAGUUCCUACGCGACAUUGGCGAAAUAAUCUGUGGCCUCUCGGCAAGCCAAAACUAAAAAAAAAAAAACAAUUUGAUUGACAGUUGACACUGACAUACGAUGACAGGUAUUUUAACAUAAGGUAUAUGUCAUUCUGUCUUCUCCAUCGCACGUGACAUUGGCGAAAUAGUCUGUUCCCUCUUGGCACAAAUAAAAAAAAAUAGAUUAUUUAGAUCUCGAACAAAGAUGACGUAUCAAUUCAAGGUCAUAGUUUUUUUUUUUUUUGAUAAGUCUUCAUUUCUGCCAUUGGAAUAGACUAGAAAAAUAAGUAAUAUUUAUGUUAAAUAUUUAUUGAUGACAAUAUGAUCACUAGUGUUGCCAUUAUUAAAAUCAGUAAAGAAAUACGCGGGUUUUAUUUUGUAUUGGCAACAUUUAUGUCCAUGGAUAGUAUCUAUCGGAUGUAUAUAUUAUGUUAUUUAAUUUACUUUUGUAAUAUCAUUUAUGUUAGGGAUGUGUUAAGUCCAACUGGGUGGAUCCACCACCACUUAUGAGAGACUUUACUGCCAAACAACCUUGGGAACUAAGGU